AUGCCGUUCGAAGCUCGAGUCAAGCAAGUCCUCUCUGGAGACACACUUGUCUUGGGCCAUGUGACCAACAAAGGACAGGAGCGCACAUUGAGCUUGGCAUAUGUGUCUGCUCCCCGCCUGAGGAGAGAAGGAGACGAGCCAUUUGCUUUCCUCUCCCGUGAAUUCCUCCGUGAGCUCCUUGUUGGAAAGGUAGUGCAAUUCCAGGUCCUCUACUCGGUCCCCACUGGCCGUGAAUAUGGAGUCGUCAAACUCCCCGGCACCGAGGCCUCCCUCCCAGAACUAGCUGUCCAAGAAGGAUGGGCUCGCGUACGAGAAGAAGCCGGCAAGCGCGGCGACGAGUCCGAGGAAUCACUCACUCUGCUAGGCAACCUGAGAGCGUUGGAAGGUCAAGCCAGAGAUAGCAACAAAGGUGUUUGGGGCAGUGACCCCAGAGGAUCCCUCGAGACCGAAUAUGCGAUCGAAGACGUCAAAUCGUUGGUAGAGGAUAAUAAGGAUCGUCAAUUGGACGCUGUCGUGGAAAGGGUAUUUGGUGGUGACAGGUUGCUGAUUCGCCUCUUCCUCGAGCCUACCCGUCACCUCCAGACCAUCAUUGCUGUCGCUGGUAUUCGUGCUCCUUCCGCCCCUCGUGUAGCUGCAGAUGGUACCCAACAACSGGGCGAGCCUCUCGGCGCUGAAGCUCAGCAAUUUGUCGAAGCCAGACUCUUGCAACGCAAGGUCCGAAGUCAACUCCUCGGUGCAACGCCUCAGGGACAACUCAUCGGCACUGUGCUGCACCCUAACGGCAACAUUGCCAAGUUUCUUCUAGAGGCAGGKCUAGCUCGUUGCUUCGAUCAUCAUUCUACUUUACUGGGCGCCGAGAUGGCCACUUUCCGUCAAGCGGAGAAAACGGCCAAGGACAAGAAGCUUGGACUGUUCACUGGACAUGUAGCUACCAAGGGGCCUGCUGGUGGGGAUAGUGACUACAUUGUGGGGCGCGUGCUCAAUGCCGACACUAUCUUCUUGAGAAACAAAGCUGGCGCAGAAAAGAAAGUCAGCCUUAGCAGUAUCAGACAGCCCAAGCCUUCCGAUCCCGCCCAAGCUCCAUAUGCCGCCGAAGCCAAGGAAUAUCUCCGCAAAAAGGUCAUUGGAAAACACGUCAAGGUCACCAUUGACGGCAAAAAGCCAGCUAAUGAGGGUUACGAAGAGCGUGACGUUGCGACUGUUGUGUUGGGCAAUACCAACCUUGCUCUCUAUCUGGUUGAGGCUGGUUACGCCUCGGUUAUUCGUCACCGACAUGAUGACGAGGAUCGAUCAUCGCAAUACGAUGCUCUUCUCGCCGCAGAAGAAGCAGCCAAGAAUGAAGGAAAAGGAAUGUGGUCGACGAAGCCUCCUAAGGCUAAGCAAUACCAGGACUACUCCGAGAACCUCCAGAAAGCGAAGAUGGAAGUGUCAAUCUUGCAGAGACAAAAGAGGGUACCCGCUGUUGUCGACUUUGUCAAGUCAGCAUCCCGAUUUACGGUUCUUGUGCCACGUGAAAAUGCCAAGUUGACAUUUGUUCUUUCUGGAAUUCGAGCUCCCAAAUCCGCGCGUGGACCUGACGACGCAGCCGAGCCUUUUGGAAACGAGGCUCACGAGUUCGCUAAUAGGAGAGUUCUGCAACGAGAUGUAGAGAUUGACGUUGAGAAUAUCGACAAAAUUGGUGGUUUCAUUGGUGUUUUGUACGUCAACAGAGAGAAUUUUGCCAAGCUCCUGGUUGAGGAGGGUCUCGCUACCGUUCAUGCUUACUCUGCCGAACAAUCGGGUCAUGGUCCGGAGUUGUUCGCUGCCGAGAAGAAGGCAAAGGAGGCCCGAAAGGGUGUAUGGCACGACUGGGACCCCAGCAAGGACGUGGAAGAGGAGGAGGAAGUUGUAGCUGGUAACGGCGCGGCUGAGGGUAAUGGAGAAGGUGCCACUGAGCGUCGCAAGGAUUACCGCGAUGUCAUGGUCACCCACAUCGACCCAGCCACUGCAAAGUUGAAGUUGCAGCAGAUUGGAGGAGGUACAUCGGCUUUGACAGAGCUCAUGAACUCGUUCCGCUCUUUCCAUCUGACCAAGACCAACGAUACACCCCUUCCUGGUCCUCCCAAGGCCGGUGACUUUGUAGCUGCGCGUUUCUCGGAAGAUAACGAGUGGUACCGUGCCAAGAUUCGACGAAACGAUCGCGAGAAGAAGACUGCUGAGGUGCUGUACGUUGACUAUGGUAACUCCGAGGUUAUCCCAUGGUCUCGCUUGCGUCCACUUUCACAGCAAUUCUCCGUGCAGAAACUAAAAGCGCAGGCUGUUGAUGCCACAUUGUCUCUACUUCAAUUCCCCGUCUCAGCUGAGUAUCUUGCGGAUGCCGUGCAGUUCAUCGGCGAGCAGACCUUUGACCGCGAGCUCGUCGCCAACGUCGAUUAUGUAUCUCCCGAAGGCACACUUUUCGUCACUCUCCUGGACCCGCGACAAUCGCAGAAUCUGGAACAGAGCAUCAACGCGGAGGUCUUGCGUGAAGGUCUCGCCAUGGUGCCCCGCAAGCUCAAAGCGUGGGAGCGAGCAUCUGCUGAUGCAUUGGCUCAUUAUAAGAAGGUGGAGGAGGAAGCUAAGCAGAACCGACGUGGCAUGUGGGAGUAUGGCGAUCUGACGGAGGAUUAA